ACCCCGCCUCCUCUCGGUUCAGACGCUAGCACGUUUAGUGGCGGGGGCUGGCCGAAGAACUGCACAAGCGAGGAGCGGCUUCUAGAGUCCAACAGCACGGCUGGGUCGCUGGCUUUGGGGCCCGCGAGAGGCUCCUGGGUCGGUAGAGCGGCCCACGGCCACGGGGGGAAGGGGGUGGGUGGGCUGAGAGCAGCUAGGCGGCUACGCCGGCCCGCCGCCCCUUCCCCCCCACCCCAGUCGACCUUGUUGGCAGAAGCUUCCCGGGCCUCCUCACGCCGGCGCGAUGGCGACUACUGCGGAGACCGAAGCUUACCCGCCGACGGACUCGAGCUGCGAAAGUGGCGGCGGCGGCGGCGGCGACGAGGAGAUGAAACAGGAGCUUCCGGAGCUUGAAUCCUCCUCACAAAAUGGCGGCGGUGUCCUCAGCAUCACGGAGCCCGGCGGCGGCGCCGGGCCUGAGGAGACCGCUGCGGCCGAGGCCACGGCGAGCGUCAGCCAAGAGCAGCCUCAAGACUCUUCUGAGGCGGGCGCGGCCGCUCUCCUCAAAGGCCCCGAAGAGCCCGAAAGACCCGUUAGGAGGAUUUUUCAGAUCCCCAGGAAGAGCAGAGAAAAGAAAGCGCUUUUUCAGCCAUUAACUCCAGGAUCUCGUGAAUUUGAAGAUGUUUUAAAUAUUCUCCAUUCAUCUUACCUUGAACCAACCUCAGUAACAAAUUUUAACUACAAACGUGCUUGCUUGGUACAUAAUGAGCUUUUGGAAAAGGAGUUUACAGAAAAGCGAAGAGAAUUGAAGUUUGAUGGCCGUUUAGAUAAAGAACUUUCAGAAUCCUAUGCAUUUCUGAUGGUUGAUCGAUAUCAGGUUCAAAGCAUAUGUGAAAAAGGAUUACAGGUGGGCCAGUCCAAAAUAACAAUUCUUGGCAGUCCUUCCAUGGGUAUCUAUCUUUCUAGGUAUGCUGAUUUAUUACAAGCUAAUCCUUUGGAAGCUGGGGCAGUGGGUGAUAUUAUUAUUUUUAAAAUAAUGAAGGGUAAAAUAAAGAGUAUUUACGACCCCAUGGGUGUAAAAAGUUUGGACUCUACAUUAAAUAAAAGUACUUUGGACCCAACCCCAAAGCAUGAAUGUCAUGUGUCAAAGAAUGCCAAUAGAAUUACAUCACUUUUGGCUUACCGAGCCUAUGAGCUUACUCAGUAUUAUUUUUAUGAGUAUGGCUUUGAUGAGCUAAGGCGAAGACCAAGACAUGUAUGUCCAUAUGCUGUUGUGUCUUUUGCUUACGAAGAUGAUCUACAACCUCCGAAGUUUGUACCUUCAUCAAGAUCUAACAGCUUUAAUGCAGAUAGAAACACAGAUAAAUUUAACUACACCUUGUGGAAAGGACAGCUUUUAAAUAAAGGAAAGCUUCUGUGCUAUAUUUCUUUGAGGUCAGCCACUCGUGCUUUUUUGCCUAUCAAACUUCCUGAGAAGUUAGAUGUUGAAACAGUUAUGAGUAUUGAUCAUCUUAAACAGAAAAUUCAUCCAGCACUAUUUUACAAGGAAGCAUACUUUGGUUCAAAUGAAGUUUCAAAGAGUGGAAUGUAUUGCAGUCUUUAUGAAGUUGUAGAAAAGACAAGAAUUGGAAGUAACAUGGAGAGUUUACUGCAAAAACUAGAGAAAGAAAAACUUGUUCUUGUUAAACCUUUGGGAGACCGAGGAUACCUUUUUCUUCUCUCUCCUUAUCAAAUGGUUUCUCCAUAUGAACAUCAGACUACCAAGUCUCGAGUUCUCCAUGCUUUAUUUCUAUUUCAAGAACCUAGAGGCAUAGUUACUUCACAAAAAGGUUCAACCAAUGUAGCACCACAGGAGAGACAUGAGAGCAUGCCAGAUGUAUUAAAAAUAACUCAAUUUUUACAGUUUGCUUUGAUUCGGUGUCGAAAGGAAUUCAAAACUAUAAAUACUAUAAAUUUUCAUUCUGGUGUUGAAAAGUAUGUAACUGAAUUUUUUAAGCGAGGUUUUGGUUCAGGUAAACGAGAGUUCAUUAUGUUUCCAUAUGAUUCACGAUUAGAUGAUAAAAAAUUCUUAUACCCAGCUCCAAAAAAUAAAUCCCAUAUUGAUGAUUGUUUGCAUACCUAUAUUUUUCGGCCUGAAAUGUAUCAGUUACCUAUUUGUAAGUUAAAAGAGUUGUUUGAUGAUAAUAGAAAACUUCAACAGUUCAGUCAACUUUCAGAUUAUGAAGGCCAUGAAGAAAUGAAUGGUACAAAAAAGAAAUUUGGAAAACGAAGUAACUCAAGGGGUGAGACUAUUAAACCUGGAAAGCAGAAGUCAUCUCACUCUUUGGAUUAUGAUAAGGAUAGAGUCAAAGAAUUGAUUGAUUUGAUUCAGUGUAGGAAAAAAAAUGUGGGUGGGGACUCAGACACAGAAGAUAUGAGAAGCAAAACUGUCUUGAAGAGGAAGCUUGAGGAUCUACCUGAAAAUAUGAGAAAGCUCGCCAAAACCAGUAAUUUAUCUGAAAAUUGCCAUCUUUAUGAAGAGUCUUCACAGCCUGUUGGCUCACUUGGGCAUGAUGCUGACUUGAGACAGCAGCAGCAGGAUACCUCUAACUCUGGCGUUUCUGACAUCCAUAGGCUGUUUAAUUGGCUAUCAGAAACAUUAGCAAAUGCACGCCAUUCUGAUGCAUCCCUGACAGACACAGUCAACAAAGCCUUAGGAUUGAGCACUGAUGGUGCCUAUGAAGAGCUGAGGCAAAAGCAUGAUGAAUAUGACUUAAAUUCUAACCCAGAUAAGAAAGAAUAUGAGCAACCUACUUGCAAAAGAAUUGAAAAUGCACAUUUUAAGGGUACUCAGAGCCCACUGCCAGAAGUUGACAAGUCAUCUAUAAAGUAUCAUGUUGCUGUUUCUACCAGUGAAGUAGGCACUGAUCAUAAAUUACAUUUGAAAGAAGACCCAAAUUUAAUUAGCAUGAAUAAUUUUGAAGAUUGCAGUUUGUGUCCCACUAUUCCCAUUGAACAUGGAUUCCAUAAACAAUCUAAGUCAAAUGAUGUUGAAGAGACUGAAAUACAUUGGAAAUUGAUUCCAAUUACAGGAGGGAAUGCAAGAAGCCCAGAAGACCAGCUAAGGAACCAUGGUGAGAAACAAACACCAGGUAUGAAAUCACCAGAAGAACAGCUGGUGUAUCUGCCACCGCACGAGGCCUUUCCUAACGACCCCCGGGUAAUAAGUAGACAGAGAACUUCUGAUUACCAGUUUCCAUCCUCUCCAUUUACAGACACACUAAAGGGCACCACUGAGGAUGGCGUGUUGACAGGUCAGGUGGUGAAGGUGGAGGAGCAGUGUGUGCCAGCAGCAGAGCCGCCUGCAGUGAGUGAAACCACAGAGAGGACAGUGUUAGGAGAAUACAAUCUCUUUUCUAGGAAGAUAGAAGAGAUUUUGAAGCAAAAGAAUGUUUCAUAUGUCAGUAGAAUUUCUACACCUAUCUUUUCAACACAAAAGAAAAUGAAACGACUUUCUGAGUUCAUAUAUUCUAAGACUCCUAAAGCUAGUGUACAGGAGUUUGUAGAUGGCUUGCAUGAGAAACUAAAUACUAUCAUUAUCAAAGCAUCAACAAAGGGUGGGAAUUUGCCACCAGUUGGUCUUAAUGGUUCUGGUACUAAGAUAGCAUUGAAUCCUCUAGGAAGACAUGUCAUACCAGUUUCCUCAAGUGACUUUAACAAUAAACACCUCCUUGAACCACUUUGUGGUGAUACUUUGAAAGACAUCAACUCUAAUGGUCAGCAUUCUUCAACUUUGGGUUUAACUGAAGUAGAAGUGAUCCAGCCACACCAUGCCAUGGAGAUAAUGGUGACUUCUGAUCAUACUGUACCUGAUCAUACUGCCCAGGAACCAGAAGAAAAAGAAGCAGCAAAAUCACCCAGUGAUGUAAACAUUUCUGCCCAACCAGCUCUUUCAAAUUUUAUAAGCAAGUUAGAACCUGAAGUAUUUAACAGUUUAGUUAAAAUCAUGAAAGAUGUCCAGAAAAAUACUGUGAAAUUUUAUAUUCAUGAAGAAGAAGAGAGCGUGCUCUGUAAAGAAAUAAAGGAAUAUCUUAUCAAGUUAGGCAAUACAGAAUGUCAUCCAGAACAGUUUUUGGAAAGAAGAUCAAAAUUAGAUAAACUAUUAAUUAUUAUUCAAAAUGAAGACAUUGCAGGUUUCAUUCACAAGGUACCUGGUUUGGUGACUUUAAAGAAGCUCCCCUGCGUUAGUUUUGCUGGUGUUGAUAGUCUGGAUGAUGUUAAAAAUCAUACGUACAAUGAACUAUUCGUGUCUGGAGGUUUUAUUGUGUCUGAUGAAUCUAUUUUAAAUCCAGAAGUUAUCACAGUUGAGAACCUUAAAAAUUUUUUGACAUUCCUCGAAGAACUUAGUACUCCAGAAGGAAAAUGGCAAUGGAAAGUCCACUGUAAAUUCCAGAAAAAGCUAAAGGAACUGGGCAGAUUGAAUGCUAAAGCCCUAAGUCUGCUGACACUUCUGAAUGUCUAUCAGAAGAAACAUCUGGUUGAAAUUUUGUCAUACCACAAUUGUGAUUCGCAAACUCGAAAUGCUCCAGAAUUUGACUGUCUUAUCAGACUUCAGGCUCAGAACAUACAGCAACGACACAUAGUCUUUUUAACAGAAAAAAAUAUCCAGAUGUCCUCCAGUUAUACAGAUAAUGGAAUAGUAGUUGCAUCUGCUGAAGCCUUUAUGCAAAACUUUAAAAAUCUUGUGGGCUAUCACAACUCAGUCACAGAAGAAAACCUUCCAUUGCUUGGUGCUAAUGAGAAUCUUGAGUCGCAGUCAGAUGCUGUUUUGACAUUAACCCCUUUGGAGCUGGGAGUUGGGAUUUCCCAACAUUAAACGUGAACACAUUUCGCAGAAGCUUUUAGCAUCGGAUUAUCUGGACAUUCACACCUAGUGUGAGUGUUGUGACUAAGUGAACUUGUGGCAGAAGACCAAGCUUUAAGGGAUUGUGGACUUGCAGACCCUGACGCAUUAUAUUGUGUGAGUAGUGUAUAAUUUUAAAACUUAAACAAAUUGUGUAUUUCAAUAGAGGAGGACUUUUUGUUUUUUAAAUGUAGCUCUUUUAGAAAACGAUGAAAAGGAUGAAGAGGAUAUGUCUCUGGAUUCAGGAGAUGAAAUCUCACAAAUAGAAGUGUACAGCAAUUUUCAUUCAGAAAUUUUGGCGAAAGAGACCAAAGGAUCACGUGGAACAGAUCAAAAAAAGAAUAUUCAAAUUGAGUUGCAGUCGUCUCUUGACAUGCAAAAAAGUUUAUUAGAAGAUAAGACUUAUCAGAUUGAUUCUGAAGAGAGAGCUUUUAUUGAUGUAAGCUCUGAAGGACAGAACAGCAGUUCAGCUGAACAAGAUUCAUAUAGCAACUUUCAGAUUUAUCAAAGUCAAUUAAGUAUGUCCCAUCACUGUAGUCAUUUUAAUGUUCUCACUCACCAGACAUUUUUGGGGACACCAUAUGCCCUUUCAUCAAGUCAGUCUCAAGAAAGUGAAAAUUACUUUUUAUCUGCUUAUACUGAAAGCUUGGGGGAGAAGUGAUUUUUCCAGGCCAUAUUUAAAAGAGAAAUAAUUAUAGUAACUUUUUUUACAUAAGUUGUUACGGACUUUUUCUGUUUCUUAAAAGUGAAUUAACAAUUUAUAUUUCAUUCUCUAGAAACAAAAGGUUUCUGUCCUUUCUCAAAAAUUUUUUCCCCUCUUAUUUAAAUCAUGAUGGCCUGUAACAGUUGAAGCAUAUGAAAAUUGAAAUAAAUAUAUAUAUAUUUUUAACAUAUAUUGUACUUGAAUUAUCUAAUGUUGGCACUUUUUAAGUUUUACAUUUGUAUAUCACCUGUACUUUGGCUUCAAAUUGAAGUCUGUUUUAUAUAUAAAACUAGACGUUUGCAAAAGGAUAGUAGACAGCAAUGGCUUUACUUCUCUAAUGUUAGAUGAUACCAGCUACUUUUGCUGAAAUGACCUAUCAACUAUUGUAUUUAUUUUCAUUUAAGCUUUUUGUAUAGUGUUUUUACAUAGGUAUAAGCCAGUGAUAUUAAUAAAUACAAGAUUUUGGCUCAAUACCUCAAGAUUUAUCUAACAGUGCAGUUUCUUUUAGUAAAUAAACUGUGUACAUAGGACUUAGGCCUUAAUUCCAGGCAGCAUUAUUUUUUUAUCUUCAGGCUUAGCCAUGUUAAAAUUCUGGUCAACCUGUUAUUUUAGGGCACUUGAUAAUUAUAAUUUUCAAUGCUUGUGUGACCCUUGACUUACCCAAAUUCAAUUUCAUAUUUCAAAAUAUAAAUUUAUUAAAGGCAUUGGACAAUUUGGAACAAACAGUUUGCUUAUAAAUUUUUAAAUUGGCAGUCUUAGAAAAGAAGUAUAUUUUUGAGGUGGUAAGUACUUAAAUGCUAGACUAAAAACUUUAAAUUCAGAUAAAAUAUGUGGUGGAGGUAAAUUUUAAACCCUCAUCUAUUGCCAAUAACUGCCUCUCCAUUACUAAUUCAAAAAGUUGUAAAAAUAGGAUUUGGAGAAAAGAAAAUUACCUGUGAGCCUAAACUGAAUUUCAGUUAUUUUAGUAAAGUUGGGAUGUAUUAAAUCAGACUUUCCUUUGACACCUCAAAACAACUUGGAAGAGUUUCUACCCUUUUAAAUCUUUUUGUAUAUUAAAAUACAUAAGUGGUAUUUCAGUUAAUAAGGUAUACAUAAAAUGUGUGGAAGAACAUUACUAACAGAUCAGAAACUCCAGACUGUGUUUAAGGUAAGUAGGAAAAUGUUUUUAUAGGACUUAAAUACCCAGAUGGUGAAAGAGCAGAAACAUGCUUCUUAUUACUACUAAACUUUUACAAAGGUGUCUGUUUUAUUGUUGAAAAAUUAUAUAUAUAUACACAUAUACAGCAUUUUAUUACAUAAUAUACAAUUUUUAAAUAAGCAUCUAAAAAGUCAACCUAGACUAUUUGUAAAAAUAGUUAAGUGACAAGGACAUUUUAUAAUUUGGAAGACAAAUCAAAUGUGAAGGAUUUGAUUUUUCUACAUUUAAAACGAAGAACUAAAAUUCUUCUUGAUUGGCAGCUAAAGGCAUGAGAUUAGUUUCCAACUCCCUUUGCUUCUGGAGAAGGCCCUGAAAUUACAUUGAUAUAUGUUAGUAAAGGUAUGCAGCAGACUUGCAAGUUACUCCUUUUUAACAUUUUUAUCCUGUUAAUUCAGAAUUUUAUUUUUGAAAACAUGUAUUAAGUUCAAAUACUUGGCUACUGUCUAAGCUUUCUCUUUGUCAUGUUAAAUUAAUUACUCAAAAAAAAUUUCAGUAAUUCUCACACUAGACUUUUGUAGCUAUUAUAAUAUUUGUAAGAUUGUAUUUUUAGCAUAGAAACAAAUAAGGAUGACUUAUCUUAAAACCAGGUCUACAUGAUUUUAUGGGCCUGAGUUUCCCUCUUCCUGUCUGCCAAAUGCUAGUGUUUCCUGCACUAACAGUGGCUAAUCUAAGGCCCUGCUGAAUAAUAUGUGGGUGAAUGUGUACAUCAUAGUCCUUCCUCUUGACCUUGUCUCCACAAAGCUAGUAGUUUUAGGUUAAAAA